AUGAAGUUCGGUCGUCGAAUCAAAGACUCGUUGUAUGCCGAAUGGGCAGAUUACUACGUCGCGUACGGCGCUUUGAAGAAGCAGAUCAAAGCUUCAAACCCUUGGACAGAUACUGCCGAAGCGGAUUUCAUCUCGUCCCUCAAUUCUGAACUGGAAAAGUGCGAGCGAUUCCAACAGCAGAAAGCAGAGGAACUCUUGUCAAAGAUUCAAGUCUUGGAGAAACAAGUCGAAGAACUCGUCAAGGCUGCCGAUGCUCAGGAUUCAUCAGACGACGAUGAGGAUCAUACGCAUCAUCAUCAUCACCACAACCACCACCCCCAUCAUCAUCAUUCAAAUGGUCAUGGGAAUCAUGAUCGGACAGCUGGUGAUGUUGAGCGAAAUGUCCAGUCGAUGAGGGACGACGAUGCUGGAUCGGAUGAUGACGAUCUCGAUGGAGAUGUCGAUUCGGAUGGAGGACACUCGGAAGAUUCCAUCGAAGAGCAAUUCAGGGAACUUGAAGAAGAAGUCGCUGUCCUCGUUGCAGAUGUCCACGACCUAUCACUCUUUACAAAACUCAAUUUUACAGGGUUCGUCAAGAUUGUCAAGAAGCACGAUAAAAUGACUGGCUUCUCCCUCAAAGAAACGUUCAACAAGGAGUUUCUCGAAUCUCACCCUUUCUAUCGGAUGAACUAUGAUCAUCUCAUCGUCAAGCUUUCCAAGCUCUUCGAUUUGGUCAGAACUCGAGGUCAUCCUAUCGAAGGUGACUCGAGCGCCGGAGGAAAUCAGAAUGCUUUCGUCAGAAGUACCACAAAAUACUGGGUUCACGACGAGAACAUUGUUCCACUCAAACUUGCCAUCAUGAAGCAUUUGCCCGUCAUGGUCUUUGACACGAAAAAGGAAUUUGACAUCAGCGAUUCGGCCAUCACUUCCAUCUACUACGAUAAUCCCGAUCUCGAACUCUAUCUCGGUCGAUUGGAAAAGACCGAAGGGGCGGAAGCGAUCCGAAUGCGAUGGUACGGAGCAUACGAUUCGACCAACAAGACACCGAUCUUUGUGGAGCGAAAGACACAUCGUGAAGAUUGGACGGGAGAGAAGUCCGUCAAGGAGCGUUUCACCAUCAAAAUGGAGAAGCUCAAUGAAUUCUGUGCUGGUCGGUACACGAUGGACGAAGAGUUUGACGUUUUGGUGAAAAAGGGAAAGAAGACACAAAAGGAAGCCGAGGGAAUGAAGCAAUUGGCAAGCGAGAUUCAAUAUGCCAUCGUCACGCGAAAAUUGAGACCAGUCAUGCGAAGUUUCUACAAUCGAACAGCGUUUCAGCUUCCCGGAAACGCUACCGUCCGAAUCUCUCUCGAUACUGAACUCACCAUGGUUCGAGAAGACAACUUUGACGGCAAUGAUCGAACGCAUGGAAAUUGGCGACGGACCGAUUUCGGAACAGACUAUCCUUUCCCCACAGUCAGAGAUUCCGAAAAAGAGCUCUUCCCGCAUGGUGUACUUGAAGUAAAGCUCGCUACCAAAGUCGGUGAAGAGCCACCUCAAUGGAUUCGAGAUCUCAUCGAUUCACAUCUCGUCGAGGCUGUGCCCAAAUUCUCCAAAUUCAUCCAUGGUUGCGCGACCCUCUUACCUGAACGCGUGGACCUCGUGCCAUUCUGGCUUCCACAGAUGGAUCAAGAUAUUCGUAAACCCAUUUCAUCCCGAUCCAGAGUCCUCAUCGAACGACCGCAUUCGAACACCCAUUCGUCAGCAUCUGGAGGCAGUACAUCUCCGAACCUGUUGUCACCUUCGCAAUCUCGACCGACAUAUCAUGAACCUGUGUCUGAAGGAGAAGAGGACGAAGAGUAUCUCGUUCAAGCUGAGCGAAACGAGGAUCAACAUCUUCGACUCCCUCCCGAUGCGGCUGCUCAAGCUCGAGCUGCCAGGGACUUUAGAGAGAAAAAGUUGAGGGAAGAAGCUGCAGCUCAAGCAGCUUCGUCAAAGCAAAAGUCCAACGCCCAGGUGGACGGACUACCCAAGAGCCGAUCAAAGCCGUAUGACCCAAGUCUUCGGAUAGACCCACUGGCUCCGUCCGACAGAUUCGACAAGAACGUCUCGUUACUCGAUGCGGAAGCUUUGAGAAAAUUAGACGCCGUUACAAAGGCGAAUGGCGAGCCCAGGAAUUACGGUGCUACCGAUUCUUCUGCGCGACCAUUAUCAGACGACGAAGAUUUAGUAGGAGAAGAGGGCAACGAAGUGGUCUAUGUCGAUUCUUUCCGAGCACCACCAGGGAAACGCAUCGCCGUCCCUGUCAGAGUCGAACCUAAAGUCGUCUUUGCGGCUGAAAGAACGUUCCUCAAGUGGACUCAUUUUGCAGUUCUUCUCAGUGCAGUCUCUAUUGGUUUGCUCAACUUUGUCCCCGCUACGGAUCCUGUAGGAAUGUACGCCGCUUCAUGCUUUACAUUCACUGCCCUGCUCGCCAUCACAUACUCGGGAGGCAUGUUUGUCUAUCGAAUUGCAAAACUUCGGAAGCGCAUGGCCAUUGAAUAUCACGACAAGUACGGUCCGACUGUCUUGUGUCUCGCCCUUGUGGCGAGUGUCUUGGUCAAUCUCAUCUUGCGAAUCAGGGAGAUGUAA